UAAGCGAGCAGGAAGUGAAAGUGCGGCCGUGCUCCGUACGGACGCUGGUUGCGAGGACUCAGAGGACCUCGGAGAAGGCAGACGUGCCACAGAGACGGCGUCUGACGCUCCAGAUGGAGAUGAAAAAGAGUUCUUUCUUCACCCUGAUGGGGGUGAUGAUGUUCGUCAUGGAGACCCCCGGAGAAGAACUCGGGUCGAUGUGGACCACGGAUUCACCGCCCAAUUUAAACGGGAAGAUGAUCACCUUAGCUUCUAACGGUAGAGGAGGCGAAGGAGGCGUGUCCUUUUACCCGCCUUACUUCUCUUUCGACCGUAACAAAGCUUGGGCCGACUCAACCGAGGCUUACCCGACCAGAGCCUACCCAACCAGGGCUUACUGGAAGUGGAACUACCCAACCGGAGCCUACUGGACCAAGUAUUACCAAACCAAAGCCUCGCCGACCAGAGCCUACCCAACCAGGGCUUACUGGAAGUGGAACUACCCAACCGGAGCCUACUGGACCAAGUAUUACCAAACCAAAGCCUCGCCGACCAGAGCCUACCCAACCAGGGCUUACUGGAAGUGGAACUACGCAACCGGAGCCUACAGGACCAAGUAUUACCAAACCAAAGCCUCGCCGACCAGGGCCUACCCAAUCAGGCGCUACUGGCGCAGGAACUACGCAACUAGGGACUACUGGGCCAGAUACUACCCAACCAGGGCCUUCCCAACCAGGCCCUAUCCAACUGAAGCCUAUCCGACCACGGCCUCCCCAACUGCAGCCUACCCGACUAGAGACACAACAUGGUCCUACUCAUCCAGUUAUGCGACCUUGUCCUACCCUGGAUGGACUACAGGGGCCACGACUGUAGGUGUGACCGUGUGUCUGCGCUACCUGUUGGACCGUGAGACGUCGUCGUCCAGCAUCUUCACCCUCAGCCCGUCCAACCCGACCGCCAUUACGCUGUCCUUGGACUACGACGGCAGCUACCGGGUGAGCUGGCGCUCCUCCUACUUGAGCGUGAGGCUGAAGGCCGACGUGAGGAUGUGGCCUGGCAUCAAGGACGACCUGUGGACAAGACUCUGCCUCACCGUGGACACCGUCCGUGGGGUGGUUCAGGUCUUCAGCGGACCCUACAUGAGCGUCAGGAAGAUGGUGCCCGGCAAGUACGUGUGGUCAGGCGAGCCCGUGAUCAGCAUGUCGGGUGUGGACGGUCAGGUGACGGACCUGCAGAUGUGGGAUUACCCGCUGACAUACAACACCAUACUCAACUACAUGACCCGGCCCGGCUACGGCUGGCCCACAGGCUCGGUUCUGACGUGGUCCAACAUCAGGUACUCGCUGACGGGGCGGACCCUGGUGGAGGACACCUAUGAGCGAAGGGAGGCGACUAAAAGCCACAAAACCAAGAACGGCAAGAAGAACAAAAAGAAGGCAAAAGAAGGAAAAGGAAAUCAUUUGAAUUCUUUUUUUUGAGCCCUCAAUGGCAUGUAUUUUUACAAUGGUGUAUCAAUCAUCUUUUAUACAUUUUUGCUAUUUUUUUUAAAUCACCAAAUAGUUAAGAAUAAACGCAUGGCAUAAGAAAUGGCGGCAAAUGUUUUUUUUUUUGUUCUCCAUCUAAAAAUCACUUAGUUCUUUUGUACGAUUACCGAAAUGUUAAAACUGUUCAAAAAAUGUUAAAAUGAUA